AUGACUCAAAGCAAAGAGCAACAAGCAACAAAAACAAUUCAUGAUGCUGUUCGUCGAAAUAAUGUUAAAGAACUUGAAUUAAUUGUUGGACAUGGUGCAAGUGUUAAUGAAGUUGAUGCACAUUGUGAUGAUAAAUUUGCACCAUUACAUUGGGCUGCGCAUUCAGGAAGUCUUGAAUGUAUGCAUUGGCUUUUAUGGCAAUCCGCUGAUAUGGAUGCACAAACACCAAAAGGAUGGACACCAGCUCAUAUUGCUUCCAUUCGAGGACAUGAUGCAUGUGUGCAAGCACUAAUUAAUAAUAAUGUUAAUAUAAAUACACGUGAUCGUCGUAAUCAAACAUGUCUUCAUAUGGCUUGUGCACAUGGAAAUUCCUUUGUUGUACAUACUCUAUUACGUGGAGGCGCUGAUAUCAAUCAGCGAGAUAUUAAUGGAUGGACACCAGUUUAUACUGCAGCUUAUCAUGGAAGACUUGGAUGUUUACAAAUGUUAGUUAAAUGGGGUGGAAAAUUAGAUGAUGUUGAUAAUGAAGGCAAUACAGCAGCUCAUCUUGCUGCUAUGGAAGGUCAUUUACCAUGUUUAAAAUUUAUUGUAUCAAUUAGUCGAGAUACAGCAACAAUAUUAGGAGCUCGUAAUGAUCAAGGUGAUACACCAAAAUCUUUAGCUGAACAAUUUUAUAAAGAAAAUUGUUGUACAUAUCUUGAUGCACUUGAAUGGGAAAAAGAUCAUCCUGAACAAGCUGAAAAUCUUGCUUUUCCAGCACAUGUUGCUGCAUAUAAUGGAGAUUUUGAACAUGUAAAAUUAUUAGUUGAACAAGGUGUUGUUAAUAUAAAUGAACGUGAUGAACGUGGUGCAACAUUAGCACAUAAAGCAGCUGGUCAAGGACAUAUUGAUAUAUUACGUUGGUUAAUUGAAAUGGGUGCUUCGAUGGAUUUAAUGACACAAAGUGGUGAAACACCAAAAGAUGUAGCAAGACGUUUUGGUCAAUUAGCUUGUUUGAAAAUAAUUGGUGGCGGUGGUGGUGGUGGUGGUGGUGGUGGUGGUGCUAGUGGAGGAGGAAUGGAUAAAAUUGAAUUAAAUAUAAAUCAACAUCAAAAAGAAUCUAAUCGAAGAAAAUUAACACCAAAAGAAGAAGAACUUACACGUGCAAAACAAAAAUAUGAUGAAUUACAAAAACAAUUUGAUAUAGCAAAAAAAAAUUUUCGUCAAUUAGGUGGAGAAUUAGAAGAAGAUCAUAAACGAGAUGUAGUUGAACAUGAAUCACAAAAAAAACUUGAAGAAUUUGAAACUCAAUUAGAAUUUGAAAGAUUAAAACGAGAAAAACUUGAAUCAGAAUUAGAUGAAUGUCGACAAGAAAUUGCACGUUUAAUUAAUAUAUUACGAUCAUUUGAAGAGAAAAGAUUACAUAUACGUCAACGACCAUUAUCAAGUGAAAAUCGUCAACAUAAACAUAAAAAAUCAUCAGCAACUUCAAGUAAACAAUCACGACGAAUAGAAAAAGAAACAGGAGUUACAUUUAUGCGUAGAAAUUCUGUCAAUUCUUGA